GUUCUGUUAUCUGCCAUCUCUUGAGCAUCUGCAGAAUUGCAAAUUCGAUCAAACGCAUUCGGAGUAUUACAAAUGGCGAAUAAAAACAUGUCACAGGAAUCGGCGGCAGAGCAGGAGAGGCAGGAGGUGCUCGCAUUAUUGCAUUCGACCAAUGCUCGACCAAGAGGCUCGGUGAGCUCCACCGGUUCGGGGCACAGAGCUGGGGGCGGAAGAAGUUUAUCGCCAUUUGCGAAUAUGCCCAGGUCUCCUGUCCGUAGUAUGUUAGAUAUUGAUAGCGCUCCAGCAAAACCUCGACAUUCAUCUAUUGGUGGCACAAUGACACCUGCUAUACGAAGCAUGCUUGAUGUUUCUUCUACUGCGCCCAUAGCAUCUAGUUCUAGAAGCGCGCAGAAUUCCCCAACAACGAUAAAUCACAAGACGUAUGCCAAAAAUGGUAGACAAUCAAGGAGUUCAUCAGAUGCAGCAGCAAAGUCUACCAUCGAAUUCGGACCUAGAGCAAUCACCAGGGUCGACCCUAACGAAUACCAAUUCUCUGGCUAUCUCCCAAGUAACCCGGGUGGUCCUUCGGUUCCAAAACGCAAUACGCAAGCAGGAAAGAGGAUUACGAAUUCAAUGGCAGAGGUAGUAAGAUCAGGCGUAGACCUUAGCGGCUUUGGAGGUGGGCGGGAUAGGGAAAGACACAAUUCAAUUGGAAGUGCUAGUGGCAUUGCGGCGAAAUCAAAGUCGCCUCACAAUCGGUUUUCCCCACGUUCUAGUUCCCCAGCUCCCACAGAUCCUUCAAAAUAUGCAGUUUUGGAUAACGGGAAAGUUAUAGAUGUCAAUAGUGCUUAUCAACGAUUGUCGGAUGCCAAUCUUGCGCGAUCGAACGGAGAAUUAUCCAUGUUAAGUCAAAAGAGCAAGCAAAAUCGGCCAGAUAACGAAUAUUUCGAUAUCAACGGACCUCGAUUGAAGAAAGACUAUGUGCCAAUGGAAGGCGAGGAAAGCGUCGUUGACAGUACGGAUGAAUCAGACGAUGAAGGUCCAAGAGGGCGCAGAAAGAAGGCGAGAAGUGUAGAUGGAGACGAUUCCGAGCGAGAAAACAAAACUUUGGAAAUGGGGCAAGCAAAAGGUCCAAGAACACCUUUAAGUCAAAUGGCUGCUGCUGAAGCAGAGCGACAAGAUGUCGUAGCCAAGGAAGCUUUGAAUGAGAAGUACAAAGUCAAAUCACUUCUUGACCCAGAAAUUACCUUGACGGGACCUGUACCCAAACCAAAUAAGCCUGUGGUACAUCCGCAUACGAGCUUCGAUCCGGACGGCUCUGGUGAGCCUAGCCCACAUGACUCAGACACUGAAGCAGAUCGCGGCGACGUUAAGAAGGCUCAAAGUCUUUCACUGACCAUGACUGCAAUAAGAUCUACGCCAACGACAUCACGCUGCGUCCGUACAAUACACCGUGGAGAUUUCAAGAAGGUUCAACAAGAAGCCCGCGAGAAUCAACGUCGUACCAGGAAGUAUCUUGUCGCAACAGAUCUCAGUGAUGAGGCAGCACAUGCUUUGGAAUGGACUAUUGGAACAGUAUUGAGGGAUGGCGAUACGAUGCUUGCAAUCUAUUGUGUUGAUGAAGAGCUUGGAAUUAUAACUCCUGAUAACAGUGGUGAUGAUGCCCAGAUCAAACAGCAAAUAUCUGCUAUUGCUUCGGCUCAACGAUCUGCUAGAGCAUCUCGUACCAAUACCCCCUUACUGACACCUAGUCUAGGACCGGGUCAACUAAAUCACAGCUUCAGAUUAGAUCCGGGCAGUAGAGCGGCCAGUCCAAUGGGGAGAGACUCGAGAAGCAAAGCCGAACAGGAUCGAUUCCGAGCCGUAGAAGAUAUCACGGAUAGAGUAUCGGAUCUUCUAAGAAAGACAAAGCUACAAGUACAAGUCAAUAUCGAAGUCCUUCAUUGUAAAAAUCCUAAGCACUUGAUCACCGAAGUGAUCGACUACGUCAACCCAACCCUAGUUAUAUUGGGGAGCCGUGGGAGGAGUGCUUUGAAGGGUGUCAUCUUGGGAUCCUUCUCUAAUUAUCUGGUUACGAAAUCAUCAGUCCCUGUCAUGGUUGCUAGAAAACGUUUACGAAAACAUAACAAGCAGAAGCGUACUCCUAACAUACGUCUCGCAAACAAUCUUACCAACCCACUAGUCAAGUCUUUGGCCAGUGCGAAGAUUGACUGAUCAAGUAGACGAUGUGAUUUUUAUUUGAGGCAGAUGGCGUUUGGCUGAGUUGGCUCUCUUUUGCUCUUUUUUUUCUCUGUUUUGACUGCUGGAGUGAUGCGGGGCACACACAUGCGCUUUUACUGUAUCUGCCAAUGCGGCAUUAACUCUCGAAAUUUUAUUAGGGGAGCUCGGCGUUUAUGGAAUUGGAAUGGAAUUGAAGAUAUGGGAUAUCGGGUGGCGAUUGCAAAUAUGGCUUGGGAAUCUGUGUCAAGGGAGUUGCGAAAGAAUACUAAGUAUUCAACACACCACUCUUUAUCAAAUUUUUCCUUCCUCUUGAAUGAGGAAUGCGGUACACGGAAUGGAAAUCGGAAUGAGAUAGUGAGUAGCUUAAUAAUUGACCCAAUUAAUUAUACAUACAAAAGAUUGCUUUCGCCA